UACAAUUAGUUUCCCUAAACAGUGUACCUGUUUUACCAUAUAUUCUAUUGUCCAAUUUUUCUGUCAUUUGUUACUGAGCUCUGCAAUUAUGUUACAAUACCAUUACAUUGUACAUGCAGAAAUAACAUCCCAAUAUAUAGAGUGCAUAAUAUUGCUAUAGAAUGUAGUCACACUUUACCCAAACAAUUGCAGAUCAGGGAAAUGAAUCACAAUAUGAGAUAACCUCACUGCCCCAUUCUGAUAAGCUUUUACCUUAUCAAUAUGUUUGUGUGCACUGUCACUUUGACCAGACAGGCAGGUUCUAAAUGGUUUUACUAGGAACCAUAAAAAUGUUUAUUGUGCCAUGUUAUUUUUGUAGUAUACUCUUGUUAAACAUUUCUGGGGUUGAUGGCAUCCUUUACCCAAGGGAAUCUGAAUCUAGACAGAUACAGGAUUUAAAUGGGAUCUGGGAUUUCAGAAUGGAUGACUCCACUAACAGAAAUAAAGGAUUUGAAGAAGAUUGGUUUAAGCAGCCUUUGAAAAGGACUGGAUCAGUUUUAAAGAUGCCUGUCCCUUCUAGUUUUAAUGAUAUCACGGAGACCAGAGAGAUGCGCGACUUUGUUGGCUGGGUUUGGUAUGACCGUCAGUUCUAUGUGUCUCCAGACUGGAUAAAGAAGAGAGUGGUGCUCAGAGUGGACAGUGCCCACUACACUGCUGUAGUGUGGGUAAACUCCAUAGAAGUGGUGAAGCACACAGGAGGACAUCUUCCAUUUGAGAGAGAAGUUAGUGAACAUCUUAAUUUCUCUGGAGCAAAUAGGGUCACUAUUGCCAUCAACAAUACACUGACUCCAGAAACACUGCCACCUGGAGAAAUUGUGUGGCACACAGACUCUUCAAGUUAUCCAAUUGGCUAUUUCACCCAGAAGACACAAACAAACGCCUUUAACUAUGCAGGCCUUCACAGAUCUGUUCGUCUUUACACCACACCAGUUGAUUAUGUGGAUGACAUCACUAUCACAACUAGCUUCUAUCAUAGCAAAGGUUAUGUCAAAUAUAACAUAAGCAGAAAUGGAAAUGCAACAAAUUCAGCUCUAACAGUGGAAAUUCUGGACAAUGAUGGUAACACAGUAGCCAGAGCUCAAGCAGAUGAAAAGGAUGGUGGUGAGCUUGACAUUGAAAAUGUAAACCUCUGGUGGCCAUACUUGAUGGUGGAUGGUGGAGGUCCAGCAUAUUUAUACACACUGAAGGUUUCUUUCAAUACCUCCCAGUCAACUGAUGUGUACAGGCUUCCAUUUGGGGUCAGGACAGUGGAGGUGAAUGGCUCUCAACUCUUCAUUAACAAGAAACCAUUUUACUGCCGUGGAGUGGCAAAACAAGAAGACGCUGAUCUUCCCUCUGAUGCAUUCACAGAAGAAUAUCAAGUACAGUUCAUGAGGAAAUACCAUGAGAUAUUUGAUGCUUUGAGAAAACAGUUCUUGGUGGGAGAAAUGGUGUGGAACUUUGCAGACUUCCAGACUGAUCAAACAACUACCAGAGUUGAUGGCAAUAAGAAAGGAGUCUUCACACGGCAGAGACAACCCAAGAUGGCUGCUCAUUUCCUGCGGGAUAGGUAUCAGGGGCUUAUUAACAGGAGAUCAGGGAGAACAUGCAGGAAAAGUUUCAACUUAUCCACUUAUUUUCAAGAGCUGUAAAUGGUUUAGAACUUGCUUUCACUGAACUGCUUACCAGUUAAAUUUAAUCUGACAGUGUGCAAUCCUUGAUGGUGGUGUUAUUUUUGGAAAGAAAUACAAUUUAUUAUGUGCAAUAACAAUUUACAGCUGACUACUGAUAAUUAAUUGUAUUAAAUUACUGUUUAACAUGGACUUAAAUGUGAUGUGACAUGAUAUUGAACAAUUUUUAACAUGCUGUAAUAAAAGUAGUAUGGAUGAUUUCACAGCAUAACUGCUCAGAUUUCCAUUAUUUGCUGUGCCAAUUAUAAUUUAAAUCAAAAUUUCAAUAAUUUUUUAGUUCGAUUGUUAGUUUGUUUUUUUUUUAAUUUACCUUUUCAAGGUACCGUGUGUAGCUGUAUCUUUUGAAUGUACUUUUGUACUCCAUUUGUUAAAGGAUGUUUUACAUAUUAUAAAUUUAUAUUAUUGCAGUUGUGAAAACUGAUUACUUCAGCUAAGGCUCAGUAUUAAUACAAAUAUAUUCAUGUAAAUUCAUGAUGCUUACUAUCGUCUUUGAAAUAAAAGAUUAGAAUGGGCAUUGGGCUAAUUUUGGAAU